AGAAAACUCAAUUCAAAGCCACCAGUGCAAUACAUUGUGUUCAAGGUGAAUGAUACUCGUGCCUUUUAUUCCUGUGAAUUUUUACAAUGUGUCUGAAUUUUGCUCAAUUUGAGGUGAUAUAUUAGUUUAUUAUCAUUUUAAAAAUUACUUCAUAGAGUAGACAACCUGUUGCAAGGUCAUUUCUUAAUUUUUAUCAUUUCAUAGGAAUUAUUUUUUAUUUACACAUCAUUGUCUGAAUGAAGAAUAUAAUGGACCUCAAAAAGCGCUCAAGUUUGACAUGAAACCAAUAUUACGGACGUUAACGACGAUCGCAGAAUCUUGUACGCAUGCGCAGCCAGGUCCCGACAACGAUAUCUUAUGGCGGCGACGUUUCGCCAACGACCCUGACAUGAUGCACGAGCUUCACCGAUACAGAAGACUCAUGCUGCUCACCAUAUUACCCACCAUCGCUACUGAUACUGAAGAUAACAAUUCAUUCCACCCGCACGCUCACCUGCAUCCAUACAGAGGCAGAGCCACACCCACUCCACCCAUAGAACAUAAAAAUUCACCGACUCAACACAAGUCCCGGAAAGAAGUCACUUACGGGGACGGUUCCAAAGACUAUCUUCCUUCGGACAUCCGAGGGAUAGUGGAGAAGUCCAUCGUUGAUUCUGAAGACAACGAAGCUAUGCAUAACUAUUCAUUCUUCGCGGCUACUGAAGGUUCUUCGGAACUUCUCUCGAAAUCUGUCGGGAAUUUGGGCAGCGGGGGAUUGGCUGCCUCGAACGCCAGAAAAAAAAUUAAAUCCGCGAGCUCGGAAGGUCGAUUACCAACACCCGGGGCAGGGGUUGUACCCCAUAUGGAUCGAAACCCCAACAGAGGGACGAACAAAUCCAACAGACGUGUUAGUGUAGUACCGUUGAAUGGAGAUUCAUCAGGAAACGUGAACUGUUUAACGGAGUCAGAUACAGCAGAACUAGAUUUGUUGACUCUUGCCGAACUCUACCUUGAGAGCCGACAUCGAGUCUUCGGAGAAGAAUGGAACCAGAGGCAAAGUUCACAGGCAAGGGCGAGUGGCAGCUUGAUAACAUCAGGAGGGCUUGGUGGCACAGGCAUCACGCAAAGACCUCAUCGUCUCACGCCGAUGGUCAAAGAACCCGCGCUGCACGCUCCAGUCCUGCCUAAAAUUUCUCAUACGAAACCUGCUGCGCUCGUUACUGGAGGACUACACUUGUCUGUCAACUAUACGAACAACUUGGAUAUUGAAGCAUCCAUGAUCCUGAGGGACCGGGCGAAGGCGCUGAAGCCCCGCAUCCGCAGAUUGAAUUCCCUGGACGACCUGACGAGCGCCGGGGGCGGCGACCCUGGGGACCCCGAGGGCUCCCUCUACAGGCCCAGCAGCGCCCCGGACCUCGCCAACAAACAGCAAACAGCAACUGAUCCAGAAGGCGAUACGGACCAGAGCUCAGACAUGGACGUCACUCCUGCGAGGGCAAACACUCCGACUUCUGCACCGAAAAGCUCGGACCAAAAUCGUCCUCCUCUGAUCGGAGCAUCGCUUGCCACGUCACUGGCCAGACUCAAUUCUUCUCGACCAAACACAAUGGAUUCUGGCAGAGUUAAGAUCAUGAGCCCAGCACGCAAUAGGAUCACGGAGCCUAAAGAUACACUCCUGUUGAACCAUCGUUCACUACCGUCAAGUUUCAAGAAGAAAUCUGUUAAAGUAGAUGCGAAACAAUUCACAGAUUUGGACAUAUUACGGGAGGCGCAAGCAGCUGCAAAGGCCACGACGUUCGUGAAGCAAGGUAGUUAUCCUAUAGGAGCUAAAACCGUGCAGGGUUCAGGCGCCAGCAGCAGUUCACUUGCCACAAGGAAGCCUGUUGCUCCAAUAGGAGUCGAGUCCAGCACCUACAAAGAGUCAGGUCGAAGACAGUCGACUACUUCUGACGCGGUACAGCUAUUAAAAGGAAAAGAUAUUCCUAGUGUCUUCUCAAGCAUCAAUAGCAGACCAUUACAUCACUCGCUGCCAUCCAGGCUUUCGACGCCUCUCGCUCCGCCGCCCACGGCGCUGGCCGAGCACGGUCGGAAAAACAGCAGAGUUACCCUUACUCCUCUCGACCAAAGGAAAAUUUCAGCGCCGUAGCUAUGAGAUAAAAAACUACAAAUAGUCAAGAGCUACUCUUUAUUGCCAUAAGAAGUUUUGCCGUAGCAUUUCUUAUUUCAGUUCAAGGAAGCAUUUGAAUUUACCUAAUAAUUGCUAAUGUAUAUUCAAAAAAAUUAUAUCAUGGGAAAAAUGACCUAUUAUAUUAUUAUAUUAGUACAAUAAAACGCUGUCUUUCUGGUUAAUAAGUGUGAAUUCCUGGAUAAAUUGAUUUUGAUGCAUAUAUUGCACAUCUUUUAGUGAAAACGUACACCUGCGCAAGUAUUAGAAACUGAUAAACUAUGCAUAAGGAAACCCCAUGGGUUAAUGCUUCUAGAUAUGCGAUACGUUAUUUACUGGACGAUGAAUGAGGGUCAACUACGCGUGUGUGAAAAUAUAAUAUAAUAAAUUCAAUUUAGUUUUGUAUUACGGCAUUUUUUUAAUUUCCAUAACGACUAAACACUUUAAUGUUGCAAAGUAACACACAAAUAAUUUGUUCGGCAACUAUAAACAAUGAAUGGGUCCAACGCAAAUGUGAUACGUAGAUCAUAAGUAUGUGUCGACAUUCUUAUGAGAUUGUUUUCUACAAUUUGUCUUGUAUAAACCAUUACAAUUACGUCUGAAAUAGCAAUAAGUGCAGAGAAUAUUACAAAAUUUCAUGUAGAGGUUAUGCACUUAGAUUCAUCUAUAGAUACAACAUAUUAACACACCUGUUUCCUGUAUUAUUCGCUCAUAUAUAUUCAUUAUAAUGCUUUAGCUAGGCCAUGCACCUAAGUUGUAAAUAAUAUUUUAAUUCCUUACCGUAAUUGCCUUAAUAUAAAUGACAAAUGCUGAUUGAUUUUUUCAGUGACGCGCUAAGGUCCUGUCCAACAUAUUUAUGUAAUUUACGCAAUGUGUCGGCCCGAUUUACACCCAAUUAAUGUAUUAUUUGACUUAGCGUGUUGCUGGUUAUUACGUAACUCAUUCUGUUCCCAAAAUACCUUUUAAAUUUCACGUUUCAAAUCAUACGGAAUUCAGUUCCUUCAUAUUAUAUAAUAUUCUUAUUAUUUAAUCAAGCGCACAUAUAAAGUCGCGAGUUUCAGGAACCAUAGUAAGGGCUCGGAGUCUCAAAUCGUAAAAAAUUGUCAUUUUCAACAACUUCGGAGAAGCACGUGGUUUUGAAAGAACUAUGUUUACCGUCAUCAACAUUGCACGAUUAUGUCAAUAAAUAUUAAGAGUAAAGUAAUGAGUAAUGCAAAAUUUGGUUCCGAUAGUCAGGAAACUAAGGAUGAAAUCAAAAUUAAAACGUUUCCUGGAAUGGAUGGAGCAAACGUUUCGAAACUCUCCAAAGGAAUAUCUUUUCGAAAAUUAUCCUCGUAUACAUGAAAAUAUAUCAUUAUUUUUGUUAAGUUGAAAAAACAAUAAUACAAACAUUGAUACUCAUACUCAGCCUUCUCCGCCGUAGAUCAAAUCGCUGAAUAUGAAUCUCAGACACAGGAGCAGCCGGUGACACCACGGCAACUCUAUAAAGCACAUAAAAAUAACUAUUCAAGCUACCCUGUAAGAAAAAAAUGUCGAUAUUUACAUUUAGCAUCAAUCUAUUAUGAGGAAUUUCGAUGAAAGUUUUAAAAUCGAAGAAAAUAUGAUAAAUAAUUUUGGUUAUUAUCGAUAUCCACGAAACAUUUAAUUCGGGCGUCCUUCCCCGCCGCCAUUCAUCAGAACUUACCAACUUAGUAAAAAUAAAGUUCCAUUAGUUAUGCUCUAUUUCAUGUGAACUUUUUUAUGAAUCGAAUUGACCUGUUUUGUGUGUCUUCGAUUAGAGACUGGAGUGACAUUUUGUGCAAAGAUGAACAUUUAUGACAAGGAAAGAGCCUCUAUUUACUCUACGACGAACCAUAUGGUCCGAUCUGAGAGCCUUCUUAUAGCUGUUCAUAAAUUAAGAGCAAGUUAAUUUCCUGUUUGUUUUUUAAUUUAAAGCGCUUUCAGAUUAACUGUAAGAGUGUUUCUUUUUUUAACAUAAUAAAAGAAA